UAUAGUAUAUUAGCAAGUUUUACAAGGAAACUGUAAGCAGAUAGUUACUAACAUUGUUUUCAUGUCGCCGAAUAUUUUACUGGUUUUGAAUUCGACAGAGCUUUUUCUUUUAACAUUAGUCGAUUUUCGCUGGUCUCUUUAUUCUAUGGAGGUAAGAAAAGCCUCUCAAAGUCCUUUCAUCCAAAAAGACACGGGAAACAUACUGAGGGGUAAGAACAGGGGUGCAGGGACGACAACUGUUGCAUUGCUACAAGCCAUCAGACAUAUCAGCAGUAUAUUGAUUACGCAGUGGCCAAUGUGACGAUGGCGUUGAGCUUUUUUUCUGGCGCGUGAUUUUUCAUGCCAUUUACUGUUGUCGACAUUGCCGCGAUUACCUGUGGUGGUUGACUCUUUGGAGGUUUUUCUCAGCUCUCUUCGGACUGCCUGUGCCCAUCAUUCGAGGUAUUGACCACCUGUGGAAGUAAUCGCAUUACGGUCAGUGCGAGACGCAGGUUAACAAAAAUCACAAUAUGAGCUAGUGAGAGCCCACGAUUGUCGCUUCGAGCGUUGUUAUUCGGCCAUUACGCGCGGGUCUUUGCUGCCGCGCGGGACAUGGACGAGACGCUUAAAGCACCACUUGGAGCCAGUUCAGCAGCUCCCUCGGAAAAGGAACGAGAAAGUAACCAGGCGCAACUGAAUAAGUUAUCGGAGGAGUGCCUCACGCGACAGCCUGAUGAAGUUUUUGACCUUCUAUGCAAGCUCGGCGAGGGAAGUUAUGGCUCGGUAUACAAGGCUCUGCAUAAAGAGUCCGGCCAAGUAUUGGCGAUCAAGCAGGUGCCGGUCGAUACCGACCUGCAAGAGAUCAUUAAAGAGAUCUCUAUCAUGCAACAAUGCGACUCGCCUUUCGUGGUUAAGUAUUAUGGGAGCUACUUCAAGGGGAGCGACCUGUGGAUUGUGAUGGAGUAUUGUGGCGGGGGUAGCGUUUCUGAUGUAAUGCGGAUUCGCAAAACCACGCUGCAGGAGGACGAGAUAGCCACUAUCCUCUGCGACACUCUCAAGGGGCUCGAGUACCUGCACCAAAGGCGAAAAAUCCACCGCGACAUUAAAGCUGGUAACAUAUUGCUAAACUCUGAAGGCCACGCCAAGCUAGCAGAUUUUGGCGUGGCUGGGCAGCUCACAGACACAAUGGCUAAACGGAACACAGUGAUAGGCACUCCAUUUUGGAUGGCGCCUGAGGUAAUCCAAGAAAUCGGCUAUGACUGCGGAGCUGACAUCUGGUCGUUGGGUAUUACGGCUUUGGAGAUGGCUGAGGGUAAACCGCCGUACGGAGAUAUCCAUCCAAUGCGGGCUAUCUUCAUGAUACCGUCUAAGCCGCCACCAUCGUUUCGUGACCCUGACAAGUGGAGUCCAGAACUUAUUGAUUUUGUGUCCCGUUGCCUCGUCAAAAAUCCCGAGGAACGGGCUACGGCCAGCGAGUUAUUACGUCAUCCAUUUAUUAUACAAGCGAAGCCAGUUGCGAUUUUGCAGAAGAUGAUUGCUGAAGCUAGUCGGCUUCAGGAAGAAAAGAACAAUCAACUGGAUGGAAAUGGGACAAAUGACGAUGAGGUUGAUGACAGCACGCUCGUGCCAGAACGGAACAACAAUGAUACAUCAAGCGCUGCUAACGACAUCGCUGCUCCAGUUGGUUCGAAAACAGAUGUUACUGACAGUGCGCAGGAUUCAAGUACUAGUGAAACGUUUUCGCGCGUUGAGCACCACAGCGCCACGCUUAGUGAUGUAGAGAGCAACAUUGGCACGCUAGUUAUUAAUGACGAAGAGAACGACUCGACAAUGCGGGACCGGGAGCCGUAUCGACCUUAUUUCCUUGAUCAUUUUGAGCGCAAACAGCAACAGCUUCAGCAGCAGCAAGUGAAUUCAAAGACGAUUACGCUGCCUAGCAACUUACGCGGCAUGACAGGUGGAUUGACGGCUGACACUAAAACGGCUUCUGCAGAAGAUGAGCUCCAACGACGGCUAGCGUUAAUUUCGGCGGGACUAGGGUUAGCUGGUCCCGGAACCGGCGCUGUAGUGCCCUGUGACAGUGAAACACAGACCUUUGGUCCAGCCGUCGCCGGUCUAGAUAUGCCCGCCAUUGGCGCACAUCUCGACCUUGAGAUGCAGCUCAAAGUGCUAAGCUUUGACGAGCUGCAGGCAAGGAUGGCGGCCCUCGAUACAGAGAUGGAACGCGAGAUCGAGGAACUCCGUCGACGCUACCAAGCCAAACGACAACCGAUUCUAGAUGCCAUGGAUGCGAAGAAGCAUCGACAGCAAAACUUUUAGCUGUGGGAAAUAACUGUUUCAUUGGUGUAUGGCGUAGCCAAACACUCUAGUCAAACGACGCGGCAUAAUUCAUGGGACAAAUGAAAAAAACACUGAGAAUGUGAUCCUUUUAGGUGGGACAGUGCUAUAAGAAGGGGGGUAGCGUCGUUUUCAGCUUGAAAAGCGGCUUUUCACUGCAAGAUCAUAGUUUUCGAAGCUCAUGAUAAAGGGGAGGGCACAAGAGGUGCAGAGUGGUGGAUUCUAUCAUCAACCAUUAUUCAACAAGGACCCAUGUAGUGAGACAGGUCUUGGCUAACAAUAAUCUAGCCAGCGAGCUAGCAAAGGUUAGGAAAUACGAAAAAAAGACAAAACUACAAGACAGGACCUAAUAGGGAGUUCAAUUCGCACUGCUCGGAUGUGACAGAGCUGGCAAUGUGCCUUACGCACGCGGGUUCUAAGCACUACAGCGGGGGUGGGUUAGCCCUAAACAUCCGAGGCAAACAUGAAGCUGUAAUACUGCUGAGCUUAUUGUUGCAAGAAUGGUCUUUACGGCCUCCACGCCACUAUUUCUACGUUGCCUGUUUCUUUCCUAUUCCGCCCUUGCUUCUUUUGCCUUGCGGGCGGCGCAAAUUGUAGCACCCUCGCGAAGCGUCUUAGAUUUGUCGUCGCUACAAGGCGAUUAAAUUGUUGAAAGUCCCAGUUGGUAGGGUUAGUUGUUUACUGGAGAUUCGACGCAGUAGUCGGUUGCAGAAAGGAAUCGUUGUCAAUAGUAAGUACAUUGGACAAAAUGCCAGUUAAUUAAUGUCAGUUGGUGCCUAUGAUAAAAGUUUGAUGGUUUGACUAUAGUCCAAGGCCCGCUAAAGGUUUGAAAAAAGGCGGUCAGGAAGAGAAGUGUUCGAAAGUAUAACAGAAAUGCCAGGUAGAAUCAAGUCGAUGCAUUAUAUAUGUGUCAAAUUCUACCAAAUAUUGUACAAAGAGUGAGAAAGCGAUGUAGCAACAAGUUUUUUACAAUUAGUAUUGCAUUACGAUAUUAUUAUUAUUAGUACUAUCAUGAUUACCAUCCUCGCACUACAACGUACACUUUCAGCUCAGAUUGAAAUCCGUACGACCGUUUAACGAUUAAUACAAGUCAAAUAUUCGAUUAGAAAUUUGUGCUGAAUUGUCAACCAUUAAAUUAUUACUGGGAAACAGUCUCUUAUCAUCAUUCAUGGUUAUGUGAACGUAACUAUCCUAAAAUCAGGAUAAUUAACUUUUACAGUCAGCAAUAGAACUCCGGAAAUUUCGAUAUAACCUAUUCAGCGUUCACGUAUUGGAUACAGAAUUCAGGCGACAACAUUGUGAGCUCUUUCUAUCAAGACGCGCGAAGGUAAUGUAGGUUCCCUAUCACGACAAUGAAUGAAUGCAAUGAAAUCAUACUAGAAACAGUCGGACCCACAUCCGUUUGCUGAGUGAGUUCUGGGAGCCGUCAGUGAUCCACUUGAGAAGGAACAGCCAUCAAGUGAUUCAAUUUUGCUGUCUUAAUAUGCAGUUGACAGUCGGGUAGAUCAAUAGUAAAUAACAGCCAUAAUGAAAAGACGCUAAUAUAAAGGUCGUGCUAUCCAUACAUAACUAAUAAUUAAACCUAGUGUCAACAAGAAUACUUCAAGGCAGGAACGCGUGUUUAUGUAUAGAAAUAAAAAAUAUAUAAUGUAUAUCAAUAGACACUCUUAGGGGAGGAGCGAACUGUAGCACCGUUUCGUGACCCUGGUCAUUUCAGUGGUGAGCAGGAGAUCAAAACGAAUGAAUGGAAGAGCAUACCAAUAAAUCGUUGCUAAGGUGUUAUCGACAAACA